CCAUACGAUACGUGACGCGCGUGUGUUGUGGCCUUAUUUUUUACUUUUUAAAAAAAGUGUGUGAAAAUGUUGCGUAAGUGCGUGGCGUUGGCGGCAUUGGGGUGUGUUUUGGCGCAACAUCAGUAUCAAGUUCAACAACAGGAACAGCCAGAAAUCCCACCACACCUCCUGAGACAGUACUUGGGACAGCAAGCACCUGCGCAUACGCAGGUCAUCGCCCGCCCACAACCAGCACCCGCUAGACUGCCAUACCAAGUACAAGCCGAGCCUCAGUACCAGCAGUACCAACCAGCGCCUCAACAGUACAGACCCGCACCUCAACCUCAACCCCAGUACAGACCUCAACCUGCUCAGUACCAGCCCGCGAGACAACAGGACGCCCGCGAGCCUGAAGACUACGAUCCUCACCCAUCCUACCAGUUCGGUUUCGACGUGAACGACGACCAGUACACCAACUACCAGAACAGGAAGGAACAGAGGGACGGUGACGUCAUCAAGGGCUCGUACUCCGUCGUGGACAGCGAUGGCUUCGUCAGGACCGUCACGUACACCGCUGAUCCUAAGGAAGGCUUUAAGGCUGAGGUGUCCCGACAGCCCACCGACAUCGUAGUAAAGAUCCCCACGCCGAAACCCCAGCUGCAGACCCUACAGCCGCAACCCCAGCACCACCACCAGCCGCAACCCCAGCACCAGCAACAACAGCAGCCGCAGUACUACCGUUACCAACAGUAA